AUGACAAGGUGUUCGGAGGUUUCUCCAUUUUUAGUCUACAAUCGAUCGCCGCGGAGAACCCCAGCGCAAGUUUUCAUAAUCAUUUAUUGAUCUGCUUCCAUUCAAGUAUUUCAAGACUUCUUCAAACCACUUUGCCUCCGGCCAUCACCCCUCCACCACCACCACUACCAGUCUACCACCACCUGCUGUCCUUCUCUUUCCAUAGCCACCACCAUCAUGAAGUUUAUCAGUUGGAUGCAAAGUAAAAUUAAUGGCGGACAAGGGUGUAAGAACACUAAUACUCCUCAUCACACGAAUCACGAACCCCAAAAAGAAGAAUUUAGUGAUUGGCCACAGGGAUUGCUAACGAUAGGAACAUUUGGAAACAACGAUCUACCAAUUGAAAAUGAAGAAAUUCAAGAAACUCGAGGUACAGAAACAAUAUCAUCUCCAGAUCUUUCCGAAUUCACACCUGAAGAAAUCGGGAAACUACAGAACGAGUUAACAAAACUCCUGUCAAAGAAACCGGCUGCUAAUACACAAGAAGCCAUUGAUCUCCCAUUGGAUAGAUUCCUAAAUUGCCCUUCAAGCUUAGAAGUUGAUCGUAGACUUUCUCUCACAGUUAAUGAUCAUGACGAAAACAAUAAAGAGGAAGAUAUUGAUCGAACGAUUAGAGUUAUUCUUGGUAGGUGCAAGGAUAUUUGCAUGAAUAACAGUAGUAAGAAAGCAAUCGGGAAGAAAUCAAUUUCUUUCAUUUUCAAGAAGAUGUUCGCAUGCAGUAGUGGCUUUCCAGCAAUUCCUAGUUUACGUGAUCCGCUUCCAGAAUCAAAAAUGGAGAAGCUGUUAAGAGCUAUGCUUAAGAACAAGAUCAACACGCAAAACUCUUCUCAAUCAUCAUCAAGAACGAAGUUCAUCGAAGGAAAACGACAACCCAAGAAAGUGAAAGUUACAGAGAAUGAAAAUGAAAAAGAUGGGUCGAAAUGGGUGAAAACUGAUUCUGAAUUUAUUGUUCUUGAGAUAUGAAGUCGUUACUAAAAUCUGUAAAGAUCUCCUGACAUGAUGAUAUAUCGUUUUCUUGGUGAUGUACUUUUAAGGUAAAAUUUGCCUUGUUUUUUUUUUUCUCACGAGAAGGAUGGAUGACCAGAAGUUGAGAUCUGUAAAAUGUAGAGGAAAGGCUUCACAUAGAAGAAGAAGAAGAAGGCUACCCUUCUCACUCUGUUUGCUUUUUUCAUGCUUGUAUUCAUUUUCAUGGCUGCGAAUGCAUGUUAUGUCUUGUUUUGUUUUUAUGAUAUUGGACUAUUUGUUAUAAUUAGG